CGCGAUUUUUUACAAGUAUUUUAUGCAGAGCUUGUUUGUCGAUAUCCGAUAGUAAGCGGGUGAUUAAAAACGCCCUGACUCGAUAACGAGAUAGCUAUUUAUCGACAUCACCCGCAAGAAAACUACUGUAUCAUUGGUCAUCGACGUGUUCUUAUGCGUGCAUAUAUAAUGCUGUUUCCUCGCUGACCUUGAAUUUGAAAUGAUAAAAUGUUGAUAACAUAUAAUAUAGUGAACCUAUAGUGAUCUAUAGUGAAUCUAAGUGAUAUACGGUGCACCUCAAUUAUCAUUGCUGAAGACGUGCUUUUUACGUGGAGACACUCGCCACGUGGCCUUCUUCAGAGUGCACUUUGUUAUAUCAUUGAAUGAAAGAAAAAAAUGGGAAAGAGGUACUCAAAACCACCUGUUAAACCGCCUAAAGAAGGAUCAUCCAAACAGGUAGACGAAUAUGAAGAUGUGGAAUUAGUGCUAUUGAGGAAAGCCAUUGAAAGAGAUCCUAAGAGUUUUAUUUUAAACAAUCUCAUGAUGUGUAUCCAGUUCUUUGAGAAUUACGAAGAAGAUAUAAUCCAAAUUAAGGAAACUCUAGCAUCGUCCUACGAAGCUAAACUAAAUAAAAUACUGCCACCUCAAAAACAUGUUUUAUUACCAGAUAUUCUUCAAGAAUAUAUCGCGCAUAAUAUCAUCUUCACUUCGAAGAGGCAAACUGGCGAGCUUAUUAUCGAACCGCUGCAACCCAUCCGCAUUUAUGUUGUAUAUAAUAAUAUCGAAAUUACAGAACAUCAUUAUCAACCAGAGUAUAGUAGUUUAAACAAUGGGAUUACGUAUAAUCUAAUGGUGCAACCGAGUGAACAUCCAGGAUAUGUACGAUUACAACGUCUCGAUGAAACUCCAUAUCCGAGGAAUCUUAGCAAACAAGAAGAUAUUGAUCUUUCAUUAAUAGAGGAUGAUGAUGAAAUAUAUGAUAAUGAUGGCGAAAGCAUUUAUGGUCGUAAUUCAAACAUGAUACUUCCUCAUCAAAGGAAGAAAAUAAGACCUCUUCAGUUACAAUCUACAAUCGUUAAUAUUGGAUCUUUAUCCAAUAUACAUGACGACAAAAUAUAUAGAGAUCAAGUAUCCCUCUUGCGCAAAAAUAUCUACAAGACUCAAUCCAAUUAUGAUAUUAAAACCAAGUCUGAUUGCGAGCAUAUGUUUCCGGUGGAAAACUAUGAUAAGAAAACUUCGAAGAGCGAAUUAGAUAUCAGAAAUGAAAGUUAUCAACAACAGUUACCUCGACCUGACACUAUGAAGUCAACAAAACCAAAAGUAGACCGGCGACAUCACCGUAGACCACCGAGCAUUUCGAGUUCCGGUUACAGAUCCGGAGCUUAUGACAGUGACAGUGACUGGAGGGACUAUUACACUGUGACCCCUAGUGCACAGACCAGUAACAUACAUAAAAAUGAUAAGAUGGAUGCGUCAAGCAAAAUAUAUUCGAACGCAAUGAUUCCGACACAGUGCUUCAAGAAAGUCAGGAUAAAUAACGAAGGCAAGAUUUACGCAAUGCGAGCAGAAAGGAAACAAUUACAAAAUAACAAGCAGAUUCGCCUCAAGAUGGCCGAUAGGCAACAUGACUGCGAAGUCUUCUAUAUGAACAAUGAAAUGUUUAUGAGCCAUUUUGUCGAUCUCUUCAUAUAUCAGUUGGCUGAGCCGUUAGGUUUUAAAUCAGAAGAUUUAAAUUACGUAGAAAAUUCAGCUAUCCAUUGCGACAAAAUAAUAGAAUCGCACAGUCUCAGACUGCGUAGGAUCGAAUCCUAUGAGGUCACGCCAACAAUAUGGCUUCAGUGGCCGACAUACGCUCAGGAAUGGUUAGAUCGACCGAGAAGCACGUGGCCCGAUUACAACGAUAUUAGCAAGGUGAAAGACUUUGGUUGUUAUGUAAUACCCGAAGGUUUUCUAUUGAAACAGAGAGAUCUUCUAUUGAGAAAAUUGAGACAUCAAAAUGUAAAAAGGAACAUUCAGCAGAUCGAAUGGCAACUGACAUUUCCAGCCGCAGAACGUUAUCUGGAGACCUGCAUGACUCGUUCGCAAGUACAAGUAUAUUUGAUCGCAUUGAUGCUUCAUAAAACAUUCUUAAGGCCAGUCUUGGAUAGCACGCACGGCCUGACGACCUCUCAUAUUAGAAAUAAGCUGUUCUGGUUAAUCGAAGAAGACGAUCGACCUUCAAAAUGGCCUGACAAUCGGACCGGUGAAUGUCUAAUCAAGUUGCUGAACAGUCUUUAUCGCUGCAUUAGCCAAAAUGAGCCGAUUCUGCCUGAUUAUUUUCUCCGUGACAGAAAUAUGUUUAGUGAAGUGCCGGAUGAUUAUCUGAAACGCAGUCAGAAACAACUAAAGAGAAUAAUUGAUAACCCUAUUAUGUUCGUGUUCCACGCAAUGGAGAACAUCAAGUAUAGUAACCAAUUCUUUCCGCGAUUGGACUUUGCAAUGUUAUUCAAGAUACUGACAGUUCAGCCAUGGUUAGCCGUGGUAAAUCCGACCUUAGACAUGCCGAGAACGGCCGAAGAGUCUCAUAGGGAAGAGAUCUACAAUAGAUCUGGUGGAUUUUGGGACACCGCUCGAAUGAAUGAUCAGCAAAACUAUAGCACGCGAGUAAUUACGAAUAGAACGCUCAUCACCCCACGCAAGGCCACGGAUCUUAUCGUCGAAAUCGAGGAAUGCUGUGCCAAGUUGGAAGGUUUAAGGCUGGCUGCUCUGUUGGACUUCUUUAUUAGACAUUUUAUAAAAAUGGCCGAAUGCUGUCAUAAGUACAGGUCUUAUCAGAAAAAAGUUUAUCUCGAUCAAGCGGAUCGACUGUCGAUUAUCCUAUCGGACAAAACUAGAUACAAGGACGACGCUAAGGCUUAUCGAGACAAAAUCCACGCUCUAAGAAUGAGAGCGGCGACAAAUUCAACGAGAUUACCGAACGAACCGCCGGAGACACCCAAGAGGAAUGGAGACUCUAUAUUCGUCGGUACUUUGAAAAAUCGCUACACGCAACAAUUUGUUGAGCAAAUGCAGCCGAUGCAGCCAAAAGGCAAGCAAUCGCAGUCUAAUCAUGAAUAUAUGAGUAAGAUCACAAAAGCUCAUGAAAUACGAUUUAAAGAUGAGAAACAUGCAGAGAAAAGUGUGAAAAAAGUGAAUGCGAUAUCGAAUGACGAAGAUUCUUACACAAGAAACGUAUCGAAAAGUCAAAGUGACGAGUCGGCCUCCGAUACAAUUCAAACAGUAAUUUCCCUAGCAGACCACUUAAGCGAAACGACAUAUAUAUGACACAAAUAUUUAUUAAGAUUAGGAUGUAAAUAAUCUACUGAAAAAACAAAUAUUUAUAUUCAAUAUUUACAUAUAAGACGGAUUUUCUAAUCAAAAUAUUAUUAUAUAUAUUUUGAAAAUAUUAUCAUAUAUAUUCUGAAAAUAGUCGAUAAUCAAUUUAGUAAGUAUUCGAGCAAGACUGCAAAUUAUUGAUAUUCGAUUGUAUUAUCCAUAAGCGAACAAAGUGAUUAUUGACAAUUAAAAUAAUUUAUAAAAAUAGUCAAUUACUGUGCAACACAGUUAGAUUUGAGCAAAGUAAUACUAUUAUUAUAAUA